AGGUGGCCCCGGGCCGCCGCGCCCUCGCCUUGGCUCUGCCCCCGGGAGCCGAGCGAGCCGCUGCUCCCUCGUGGUGUAAGGGCGGUGAUGUUUUUCCUCCCACCCACUUUUGAGUCCCCCCUCCCCCCUCGCGCGCACUCUAGCUCUCGCCACAACCUGCGAGCCCCAGACCUCGGAGGAGCGCCCCGGGGAGCUCGGAGCGCGUGGACGCGUGGAAGACGGAGCCGGCCAGUGGCCAGGAGCUUGAAUAUACUGGGCCCUGACAGUUUUGAGUGGCCUCUUGCAGUGACCAAAAUGAGAAAAAAGUGGAAAGUGGGGGGCACAAAGUGCAUCUUUUCCUUGUUGCUGUUCUUUCUUUUCCUAGAAGGAAGCAAAACAGAGCAAGUAAAACAUUCAGAGACAUAUUGUGUGUUUCAAGACAAGAAGUACAGAGUGGGUGAGAGAUGGCAUCCUUACCUGGAACCUUAUGGGUUGGUUUACUGUGUGAACUGCAUCUGCUCAGAGAAUGGGAAUGUGCUUUGCAGCCGAGUCAGAUGUCCAAGCCUUCACUGCGUCUCCCCUGUGCAUAUUCCACAUCUGUGCUGCCCGCGCUGCCCAGAAGACUCCUUACCUCCAGCGAACAAUAAGGUGACCAGCAAGUCAUGUGAGUACAACGGGACCACUUACCAACAUGGUGAGCUGUUCAUGGCUGAAGGGCUCUUUCAGAACCGGCAACCCAAUCAAUGCACCCAGUGCAGCUGUUCGGAGGGAAACGUGUAUUGUGGUCUCAAGACUUGCCCCAAGUUAACCUGUGCGUUCCCAGUCUCUGUUCCGGAUUCCUGCUGCCAGGUGUGCAGAGGGGAUGGAGAAUUGUCGUGGGAACAUUCUGAUGGUGAUAUCUUCCGGCAACCUGCCAACAGAGAAGCAAGACAUUCUUACCACCGAUCUCACUAUGACCCCCCACCAAGCCGACAGGCUGGAGGUCUGCCCCGCUUUCCCGGGGCCAGAAGCCACCGAGGAGCUCUCAUGGAUUCCCAGCAAGCAUCGGGCACCAUUGUGCAAAUUGUCAUCAACAACAAACACAAGCACGGACAAGUGUGUGUUUCCAAUGGAAAGACUUACUCCCAUGGCGAGUCCUGGCACCCCAAUCUCCGGGCAUUUGGCAUUGUGGAGUGUGUGCUGUGCACUUGCAAUGUCACCAAGCAAGAGUGUAAGAAAAUCCACUGCCCCAACCGGUACCCCUGCAAGUAUCCUCAAAAAAUAGAUGGAAAGUGCUGCAAGGUGUGUCCAGGUAAAAAGGCAAAAGAAGAACUUCCGGGCCAAAGCUUUGACAGUAAGGGCUACUUUUGUGGAGAAGAAACCAUGCCCGUGUAUGAGUCUGUGUUCAUGGAGGAUGGGGAGACCACCAGAAAAAUAGCCCUGGAGACCGAGAGACCACCUCAGGUGGAGGUGCACGUUUGGACCAUCCGAAAGGGCAUCCUCCAGCACUUCCAUAUUGAGAAGAUCUCCAAGAGGAUGUUUGAGGAGCUCCAUCACUUCAAGCUGGUGACCAGGACAACGCUGAGCCAGUGGAAGAUCUUCACCGAAGGAGAAGCUCAGAUCAGCCAGAUGUGUUCGAGUCGUGUGUGCAGAACUGAGCUUGAAGAUUUGGUCAAGGUUUUGUACCUGGAAAGGUCUGAAAAGGGCCACUGUUAGAGGAGACAGAUGGUAUUGGAUAGGAUAGAGCAAGAAAAAUCAAGCCGCAGCUGGACUGCAGGCUUAUUUUGCUUAAGUCAACAGUGCCCUAAAACCCCAAACUCAAAUGCAGUUUAUUAUUCACGCCAUGCACAGCAUAACUUGCUCCUUUAUGUGUCAGUCCUUAAACAUCUCCUCCAAAGAGACUGGGAGAGUCUUGAAUUAUUUGUGGGAGGAAGGGGGAUAGAACACCACAGCACUGCUCUGAGUUUCUGGGAGAAUCACAUUUCUUUACAGGUUAAAGAGUAAACAAAACCCUAGGGUUUCUAUCUAGAAAGUUAUUCCAGUGAAAGAAACAGGAGAGAAAUGCUUAGUAGGAGUUCUGUAGUACAGAGAAAAUAUUUGUAUGAAAUCAUACUCUUUGAAUUUUAGAAUGUCUUGUGUUUUUUUAAAAAAAUUAACACCCCAUCCUCACACACACACACACACACAUGCACACACACACGCGCGCACACACACACACACACACACACACACAGACUAAACUGCAGUCUUCAUUCUGAGGCACAGCCAGCAUAGAUUCCCCCCUCCUUUCUCUUGCCUGGCUCCCAGGUCGCUUUGAAGUUGUGGGUACUCAGGAAGAUAAAGAAGGAAUUGUGAGCAAAAGGCUCAACCCUUAGGUCAGUGGUGUGGCUGCUAAAGUCACUGACUCUGAUGGAAGGGUGAAGAACAAAAACACUAUUUCAUGGUCGCAUUCCCUUGGAAGCGAUAAUUAACAUUUCCCUGAUGAGACCGCUUCGCUUUUCUCCCUGAACCUGUGGGGGCCCCCAUCAAAAAGUGAGAACUGGGUAAAAUCUUCAGAAACCGAAUCCACGUAAAACAAAAUAAUUGUUGAAGUAAACGGUUGGUCAGUGUCAACAAGGCAACCGUAUGUGGGUUCGAGUCAAUAGAACUCACUGACGAAUAGCUUGACACUCACUAAUUUCCUUGAUGCCCUAGUUCGGUAGCCCAAAAAUUGAAGUUAAGUGAUUAAAUUCUAGAAGCUCCUUAAGAGGGCAGUUUUCUUCCUUCUCCAGUUACAGGAGCUGAUUUUGACUUUGCAGAGGGGCCCAGUCCUCCCACAUCUUCUGAAUGUUGCCUCUUCAGUUAGGAGAAUUACUGCUCCUUUGAGGAAAUGGACAUUCUGAUAAGGAUCUUUGUUCUAAACCUUCCUACCACUCUCCUCUCAUCCACCAAGCCCAGAUCUGAAUCGUGAAUCCUAAUCCAGGCUGCUCUGAAAACUGUCUCUUUGCAGCUCAAUCCCAGAAGUAGAAGCUCUCCAUUCUGAGGCCUGGCUUUAGAAAUCAUCUUUGUGACAAAACUCUGAAUUCUCCACAAGGAUCUCAAGCCUGCCUCCUAGAUUUAUCCCUUCUGAGGGGCAUGAAUGAACUCUAAUGAAGACUCAGAAAUAUUAGGGGCCCAGAAAUCCUGUAUUUCCCACUCCGUGACCAUAGGGGAGAGGAACACUGGUUUCCUUACAGCAUUUGACAGCAAUCGGGCCCAGUCUUUAUGGCAACCUGGCGUAAAGGAGGCUGUUCUCCUAAAUUAGGAGACACAGGAGUGCCUCGUGGCCAGGCCUUUAUGGGAUAAGCCUCUUACCAACCUUUCCUUCAUAUUCUCCGCGGGAGAGGGUGGUAGGACAUCCAGGGGCUGAAAGGCCACAGAGCAUUAUUGCGGAGGAGGGGGACGACGGUGUUCAGCAGCUGCUGCCUCCCUCCCAGAGGUGGCAGUAUUUCCAUAGUGUGGAAACAAGUAACUGAAUCCCAAAGCAAGCGGUGGUUUCCCCUUCUGGAUGACUCACCCCAAAGCCUUCCCACCCAGGUGUUCUCUGAAAGCUCAACCAUAAGGGAACACCCAGAGAGCUUCCCUAGAUAGACUUCUGCCCCCGGGUGCUGGGACACACCUUUACAAAGUGCCGUGUGAAGCACAAGCUGGGGAGCUGUGCUCGGCCAACGUGGAAACCCAGCGUUCGGUGUCGUGUAGGCAGUGGGACGUGGGGAGAUGAGGCCAAGCCACCUGUAGUUAGGAGAGGAAUGGAUGUGGUUCUUCUUGUAUAUUUAUUUGUAUCAUAAACACUUGGAACAACAAAGACCAUAAACACCACUUAGCAGUUGUAGGCAUGUCAUAGUUAACUCGUGUACACAAGUAAGAGUAACGUCACAGUAUUAGCCCUUUACUCUUCUCACGGGACAUGUACCUAAAUAGGGUACUUAUUUAUGUAGUCGCUGUAAUUCUGGAUUUUUAAAUUAAUAAAAAGGUGAAUUUUGAAACAUCA